AUGUCUGCAGUACUCCGCAGCGACCUCUUCGGGGGGAACCGAGCCUACUUCCUGAUCUUUGCUGGCCAGACAGACUCAGAGUUUGCGGAUGGCAUUCGGAGCAACGUCUACGCCGUGCUCAUCGAGUGUGUCGUCUUCAUGGCCUUGCAGCUUGCGGUGAAGGCGGCAACAGGGUUCAGCCUCUGGGAAUUCGCGUGCUAUGCGAUCAUUAUGGACUUCACUUUCUGGUUGCACACGCUGUCAGCAGCUUACAUGAUCUGGAAUCUGACGCUUGUCGAGCAUGGUGGGUUUUUCACUCUGAUUACGUGGGCGGAACAGAUUGAAAGCCAUGUGAGUGUGCCCUGGGAAUCCCUGUAG